AUGUCUUCCAAUGACACAUGGGCCGCUGCUGACGCAACAGCAAAUGGUGAUACCGCAUGGCUUUUGGCCUCUACGGCCUUGGUGUGGCUCAUGAUUCCCGGCGUCGGUUAUUUUUACAGUGGUAUGGCCAGAAGCAAGAAUGCCCUAUCGCUUAUCAUGCUUAGUGUUAUGUCGGUUGCCGUUGUAUCAUUUCAGUGGUGGUUAUGGGGAUUCAGUCUAACGUUUGGUCCGUCCGCUAAUCACGGUGGUUUCAUUGGUAACUUGGAAUAUGCCUUCUUUCGAGGUGUCAACAGCACUUCUAGUAAUAAGGCCGACCCAGUAGUAGCCGCAACCGAUGCCCCUAUCGUCGCUUUCGCUAUCUACCAGUGCAUGUUCGCCGCCAUUACUCCAGCCCUGGCAAUUGGAUCUGCUGCCGAACGUGGUCGUAUCGGACCUGCUAUCUUAUUCAUUUUCAUCUGGUCAACUAUCGUCUACGAUCCAAUCGCCUGCUGGGCAUGGAACACGGAUGGUUGGUCCAAUAAAUUGGGAGGUCUUGAUUUUGCCGGUGGCACUCCCGUCCAUAUCGCCUCUGGUGCUGCAGCUCUUGCUUACUGUAUCGUCAUCGGAAAACGUCAUGGUCAUGGAAUUGACGAAUUCAAGCCACAUAAUGUUGCCAACACUGUGCUCGGAACGGCUCUCCUCUGGUUUGGUUGGUUUGGCUUCAACGGCGGUUCGGCAUUAGCGGCCAACAGCCGUGCGGCCUUGGCCUGUGUCGUAACUAAUUUGGCUGCAUCCGUUGGUGGAAUCACCUGGGUUUUGCUUGAUUUCAGAUUGGAAAGAAAAUGGUCGACUCUUGGUUUCUGUUCCGGUGCCGUUGCUGGUUUGGUGGCCAUUACCCCUGGUUCGGGUUUCGUUGGUGCUCCUGCAGCUGUCGCUAUUGGAGUCCUAGGUGCUGCAUGCUGUAAUCUUGCUGUCAAAUUGAAGCACAUCUUUGACUUCGACGAUGCUUUGGAUGUGUUUGCCGUUCAUGGUGUUGGAGGACUCAUUGGUAACAUUCUUACCGGAAUUUUCGCCCAACAAUCGGUCGCCAGCGCUGACGGUACAGCUAUCAACGGAGGUUGGAUAGAUGGAAACUGGAGACAACUUGGCCUCCAACUUGCCGACUCUGCAGCCGGAAUGUCAUACUCCUUCGUCGUCACAAUCAUUAUUCUUGUUAUCAUGGAUAAAAUUCCAGGACUUUCUAUUCGUGCGGAUCGAGAAGCUGAGCUCAAGGGUCUUGAUGAAUCGGAAUUGGGUGAAUUGGCCUAUUAUCACGUUGACCGACUCGUUGCCAUCAACACCAGGACAGGUGACACGAAGAUCGUCAAAGAAGAAACAAUUCACCAGCAAAAUGACACAAAUGUUACGAUAGUGUAG